ACUUGGCAUCAAUGCUGCCUGCCCCUUCGCAGAUCUGAAGGAUGCGACGGAGUCGAUGGAGGAGGAGGAGGAGGAGGUGAAAGACUGGAAGGCGGAGAACAGCAUGAACUGGACGGAAAAUAGGGAGGAUGCGGAUUACGGUAGCCUACCGGUCAGUCUGCCUUCUGGCAAUGCUUUCGGUGGUUUAGUACGAAGAUGUUGGGGUAAAGAGACCCAGGCCUGCGGCUUGUCGUCACACGGAGCAGGAGCUGGUGAUUUAUGCGUCGCCUCAAAUUGACACGGAGCAAGCCGGAGCUUUAAUUGAGAGGACGAUUUGAUGUCUACCAUAGGGUUAGUGUGUAGUCUAUUAGAAUGACUGAUUUCAUUUAACACUAAAAUCAGUUAAAUAACAUUGAACCUCGUGCCUUUUAGCGUUGUGGGUCAACUGCCAUAAUGGUUUUAGCCGUCGUUUUAGCAUCAUCCCCUCUUGACCCAUUCUCCCGUGCUGCUUCGCGCUGGAUGUCAAGCUGAAAGCUGCGCCGCAAAGUCAACGCCAAACAUCAGAAAUAAAACUGAGCCGUGGUUAAACAUGAAGGGGUCAAGGCUGCAGCCGCGCCGCUUGACGGCACUGUUCAUAUGGACGACUCUGUGUCUGCACAGCAGCGGGCAACGCGCACCUGACUCCUCGGGCCUGCCUCGAGCCAUCCGCGUGCCACUGCGGCAAGGCGCUCGCGCCGAGCAACCACCGCCGCUGCCACCUGCCGCCGAGUCGAAACGGGGACGCGGCGCCGCGAGCGAAUCCCCUGUGCGCAGGCGGAGAGGAGCGGCAGAGGGCGGUGUCAGCUUUGUGGACAUGAUCGACAACCUGCGUGGGAAAUCCGGUCAGGGAUACUACGUGGAGAUGGCUGUGGGCUCUCCUCCGCAGAAGUUGAAUAUCCUGGUGGACACAGGAAGCAGCAACUUUGCUGUUGGGGCAGCUGCUCACCCCUUCCUGCGCAGAUACUACCAUCGUUCACUCUCUAGUUCAUACCGAGACCUGGGCAGGAGUGUGUACGUUCCCUAUACUCAAGGCCGCUGGGAGGGGGAGCUGGGCACCGACUUGGUCUCUGUGCCACACGGCCCCAAUGCCACACUGCGCGCCAACGUCGCUGCAAUAACCCAGUCAGACCGCUUCUUCAUCAACGGCUCAAACUGGGAAGGAAUCCUGGGGCUGGCCUAUGCCGAUAUAGCCCGACCGGAUGAGACGCUGGAGCCUUUCUUCGACUCCUUGGUUCGUCAGACCUCUGUCCCCAACCUCUUCUCCCUCCAGCUGUGCGGCGCAGGCUUCUCCCAGAACCAGUCGCUGGGCAGCUCCACAGUUGGUGGCAGCAUGAUCAUUGGUGGAGUGGACUCAUCACUGUACGUUGGAGAACUUUGGUACACUCCCAUCCGCAGGGAGUGGUACUACGAGGUUAUUAUUGUUCGAAUUGAGGUGAACGGACAGGAUCUUAACAUGGACUGUAAAGAGUACAAUUAUGAUAAGAGCAUUGUGGACAGUGGAACCACCAACCUCCGACUUCCAAGGAAAGUCUUCCAGGCUGCAGUGAAGGCUAUUGAAGCCGCCUCUUCGACGGAGCAGUUUCCCUCUCAGUUCUGGCUCGGGGAGCAGCUGGUUUGCUGGCAGGCUGGAACUACACCCUGGCACAUCUUCCCAGUGAUCUCUCUCUACCUGAUGAGUGAAAACCGCAACCAGUCCUUCAGAAUCUCCGUCUUGCCCCAGCAAUACCUGCGGCCGGUGGAAGAUGCUGCCUAUACUCAGGAGGACUGCUAUAAGUUCGCCAUGUCUCAGUCCAGCACUGGGACAGUGAUGGGAGCUGUCAUCAUGGAGGGCUUCUAUGUCGUUUUUGACCGAGAGAAGAAACGCAUCGGCUUCGCCGUGAGCACCUGCCAUGUACACGACGAGUUCCGCACAGCGUCAGUGGAGGGCCCGUUCCACGGCGUCGACCUGGAAGACUGCGGCUACAACAUCCCGCAGACGGACGAGUCCACCCUGAUGACCAUCGCCUACAUCAUGGCAGGAAUCUGCGCUCUUUUCAUGCUGCCUCUGUGUCUCAUGGUGUGCCAGUGGCGAUUUGCCCGCUGCCUCCACCCGCACGGGGACUUUGCAGAUGACAUAUCUCUCCUAAAAUGAAGGGACGCGGGGCUGAGGAGUCUCCUUUCAAACUGACGGUGCUGUUCACAGAAAGCUUUGAAAAGAUUCUUCAGGAAUCACAGAGACACACAGAGAGAGAACCUUGCUGCCAUCGGGUUGUUAGUGAGAAUAACAAGAGCCAUCUUGAGCUUGAAUCGGACAAGAGAAGGUGCUGCUGUCAGUGUCCACUUUGUCUGUUUAAGCUUCUGUAUCUAUGCAGAUCAGCAUGAUUUAAGGAACUGGUGGGAAAAUGCAAAACAAACAUGUAAAAAGGAUCAGCUGGGAAGAUAAGUUUCUUACCUCUGCAGUGCAUUUAUUGGGUUAUUUCAUUAAAGAACAAACUGACCCUUUACAAGCAAAACCUGGAUGUGUAUUGAAGAUGAGAAAUUCCGUUGCAGCCGCCUUUGCAUUGCCGUGAUUUGGAUAUAUGAACAAUUGGUCACGUGUGUGCUUCUGUAUUAUUUGUGGCUUUUGAGUGGAUGGCAUUAAUUGUUGGAGCCUGCAUAUUUGUUUGCACAGCUGUCCUGCAUACAAAGAGUUUAUGGAAAGGUUUUAAAAAAAAAUAAAGAAGUCAUAAAAAAACAGCAGAAUAAUGUAACUGAAGAAUUCUGGAAAAAGCUAAUUACGUACACAUAAAGAGGCUAUUUAACGAAAUAUAAUGUCAAGCAUUUACUGUAUGUAAUCUGUUUUUGGAGCAUAUGAUCAGAGACAGAUCGCACUAAAUUUCAGAUGUCAUUUCUUUUCUUCUUCUGAUUAAAGCCUGUAUCUACUGUACAUAACAUUUGUGCAUUCCAGAUCGUCUAUUUGCACAGACACAGAUCACCGAGUGCUUAUCCUCGCAAAACUACUGCUGCACCUAUUUGAUGAUUUGCACAUGUAAACACACUAUACGCUAACAACGAAUGAAGAGGGCUUCUAUCAUAGAUACACACACAGCCUAAUAUGUUUUUGACUGGGACCAUAUCUGCUUUGAAAGGGAAACCAGCCCCAAGUAAAUUAUUUACUGGGAAACAGGACAUAUGUCUAUAAGAGACAGUUUGUGUUGUCUCCAUAAAAGCUGUACAUAGAUUAAGUCAGAACUGGAUAUUUAUCUGUCAGGUGCUGGCAGCUUUGUUGAACCAAUAAAAUACUUAUUGU